AUGGGUGUGCCUGUUGCUCCCAGCCAGGUUAAUGGCUCCGCAGGCCCCGCUGAUGGCCAAAGAGCACCUACGAACCCGUACGAAACAAAUCCCGAUUUGAUACCAAAAGACGAUCCAUAUCUCAGCCGUAGUGCCUAUUACGGCCGAUAUGCGCCCCAUGACGAUGACUUCAAACCCCGCUAUGAUCAAUGGCACCAAUCCGACCCCGAAGCAACUUCGUAUUGGGAGGAUUCUGUGAAAAGGUUAUGGACCCCAGAAAAUGCGUUAAAUCUGCCGGGUGCUCGGGAGGCUUACGCUGCUGGCAGCGCUAUUAUCAGAGUUGACAGUGAACCUGCCGAUGGUGCGGAAGAGAAAUAUUCGUGCAUCAAUGCAAACGAGCUAUUCUCAGCAAGGAAAGCAGAACAAACCCUUAAAGAGAUCGGAAUAGCUGUGCCGGUGAUAUACUUUUAUGGGACGGUUGAAGGAAAAAAUGUCACUGUGGAGUCUCGAAUCCCCGGUGUCUCUCUGGAGGUUGCCUGGAGAUACCUGACAACCGAGCAAAUCAACUCGAUAAAGAAACAAUGUCACCAUGUCGUGCAACGCCUGGGAUCCCUCGAGCCCGCCCCAGAUAGCCCUUCUUACGUUCGAAGUGAACUCAAUUCACAACCCCAGCCCGAUAUUCAAUCCCACGAGAAGGAAAUACUAUUUGGCGAAAAACGAGAGGCUGAGAAUCUAUGCCUGGUUCAUAAUGAUAUGGUUCGGUCCAACAUCAUUCUCAAAGAUGACCAGAUCGUGGGAAUCCUUGGUUGGAGACAAAGCGGGUUUUUUGGCCUCGAAAGGGCCAAAAAGGUGCAUAAACAAAUUAGAAUCCCUGAACCAACUUUCAUAAAUGGUCUUGGAGAGAAUGCGGAUAAUUCACAGAAUUGGACCGAUCUUUAUGACAACGUUUCUACUCCAUCGGGACCAGAAGUCAAGACCGAGCCAUUGGGCUUGCCUUUAGAGGAAUAUCCUCUUAAUGACGACACGGAGGUAAAGUCUGCCGUGACUCAACUUGAUGGCACAGAUAUCCCCGAGGAACACCCCACCCCAAAGAAAAUUUCAAACCUGAAGCAUGGACUGGCAUCAAGAGCAUCAUCUUCAGACCGGUCAUCACCAGCAAAUUCCACAAAACCUGCUUCAUCAAGCAGAAAAUCGGUCUCCGGCGCUACAAAAAAAGGGACGGCGAGAAAGCCUCCAGCCAAAAAGCGCAAGAUUAACGACCAAGAUGGCGACAGUGUUGAUGGACGCCGCUCAAAUACCCCUUCUUCCGUCCGCGGUGGCAAGGGCAGCAAAUCAAAAAAACACAGUUCUACAUCUGCAUCUGUAGCGGGAUCCCCGGCUCCUGAAAACAAGAGUAAAGGGAGUAAGGAUAACGCUGGCGAUGAGGAUGAGGAUGACGACGAUGAAGACGGUGGAAUAUUCUGUAUCUGCCGUCGGCCUGAUAAUCACACUUGGAUGAUUGGCUGUGAUGGCGGGUGUGAAGACUGGUUCCAUGGGAAGUGUGUCAAUAUCGAUCGAAGAGACGCGGAUCUGAUCGACAAGUAUAUUUGCCCUCAUUGCAAAGAGCAAGGCAAGGGAUGGACUACAUGGAAGCCGAUGUGUCGGCUGGCUGGAUGUCGUAAACCAGCUCGCGUUGUGAGACCGAAUCCUAGCAAGUACUGCUCCGAUGAACACGGCCGAGAGUUUAUGCUUCGCAAGAUCCAACACUUUAACUUGGGGCCUAUGGCUUCUCGAAAGCCAACCCCUGUCGGCCGGACACCAGGAAGCGCUGAGCUUGAUCCCACCGAUGGAUCCCGUGCAGCAAACACACCCGCUUCGAAUAAUGCCGACGAAGCCGACACCCCAAGCGGAGACCACGACAGGCUACCUGACGAUAUUGGCAGUAGAGGUGGCGUCCUCACUGCUGGCGAUCUCAAGGCUGUAAUAAUGGAGGUGUCUUCAACCGAGGAGUUUCGCCGACUUGGCGAGCGCAUUAUCUCUCCUCCACCCGAGGAACCUGAGGAGAGCGAAAAUGCCGAGACAGAAACAAAGACCAAGGGCAAUAAGAAGCUUGGCCUAGACAUUGAUGCCAAGGGCCUGACAUACUCUGCUGACGAGGCGUCGAAGAUCGAGAAACUACGGAAGCAGCGUGACGAGCUGCUCCAUCGCAAGGACAUGCUUGCGGCUCGCGAUGCAUUCUUGCCCCUUGUACGCCAACGGUCGAAGAGCAUCCUGGAGCGGUUCAAGCAGAACGACCCGAAAGGCGGAUGGAAAGAUAUAUGCGGGUUUGACUCUCGACUGGCAUGGUCGGAUGAAGAAUUCGACGAAUGGAGACUUUCUGAAGUUGGAGCGAAAGCGCUCAAAGAAGGAACACCAGAGCUUCUGGCUACGAGCUAUCCCCACUCCGAACCGACUGAUGCCGAUGGCGAUACAGCCAUGAACGGCGACAAGGCGGAUGAAGAGGACGAUUUGACUCGCGGGGUCUGUACCAAGAAACGGUGUGAAAGACACAAGCAGUGGGUCAAGGUCCAUCAACAAGAGAACCAAUUUGAGCGGGACACGGUAGAGGCAGACCUCACCAAAUGCGAGGAAGAAGCGCAAAUAGUCGUGGAGAGAGCGGUUCUCCGGAUGUGGGCCGAAAAAGACAAUGCUCAUGUCGGUGGGAAUUGA